UGUUUUUGGGAACCUGCACACUUUGAGUUGCUUUGCAUAGGUGCAAUCGGUAUCAUCGCUUAUGUAGAAUUAAUCAUCAAGCAAGCGGCAUUAUCUAGCCAUAACCUCGCAGAAAUGACAGCUUUCGAAGAAUUUGGAGUAAUGCCAGAGAUCGGCAAGGCAAUCGACGAAAUGGAGUGGAUGCUUCCUACCGACGUUCAAGCCGAAGCAAUCCCGUUGAUCCUCGGUGGUGGUGACGUUCUUAUGGCAGCCGAAACUGGUAGCGGUAAAACUGGAGCUUUCUGUUUACCAAUUCUGCAAAUCGUCUGGGAAACUUUGCGUGACAUAAAGGAUGGCAAAGUGGGAAAAGCGGUAUUUUCUAAAGGACAACCGUGGACCUUUUCUUACUCCGAUCGAGGUAACGCAAUGGCCAUUACGCCGGAUGGUCUGCGAUGCCAGUCUCGCGAGUUUAAAGAGUGGCAUGGCUCUCGAUGUACUACCGGAGUUCAAGGAAAAGGUAAGUACUAUUACGAAGCGACAGUCACCGAUGAAGGACUAUGCCGAAUGGGUUGGUCAACUGAGCUUGCAAGCCUUGAUCUUGGAACUGACCGUUUCGGUUUCGGAUUUGGUGGGACUGGCAAAAAGUCCAACUGCAAGCAGUUUGAUAACUACGGUGAGGCUUUUGGAAAGCAGGACGUCAUUGGUUGUAUGCUUAACUUGGACGGCGGGGAAAUAGGAUUCACAAAAAAUGGUGUUUAUCUUGGUACAGCAUUCAAAAUACCGGGUGAAAUUUUGAAUUCAUCUUUUUAUCCAGCGGUGGUACUGAAAAACGCUGAAAUCGCGUUCAAUUUUGGUCAAACAGAGUUCAAAUACCCGAUUCCAGAGAACUAUCAAGCGAUAUGCAAGGUGCCCAAAGAAAAAAUGGUGUUCAAUCCGAAUACUGCUCCGUUGGGUAGUCCGGCUGGUGAUACAGCCAAACCGAAGCCAAACGAUCCCCAAGCCAUCGUCAUAGAACCAUCGCGUGAAUUAGCGGAGCAGACAUUUAAUCAAAUAAAAAAGUUUAAAAAGUACCUAAAAGAUCCCGAGGUUCGUGAGUUGCUGCUAAUUGGCGGUGUAAAUGUUCGUGAACAAAUGGAGACCUUGCAACGUGGAGUGGACAUAAUCGUGGCCACUCCAGGAAGGCUUGAGGACCUAAUAGGCGGUGGCUAUGUGCUUCUCAACAGUUGCCGAUUUUUCGUUUUGGACGAAGCAGAUGGACUAUUGAAGCAGGGUUACUCUGAUAUGAUUGAUCGCCUUCAUAAGCAAAUACCAAAAAUAACAGCGGAUGGCAGACGGUUGCAAAUGGUGGUCUGUAGUGCAACACUGCACUCAUUCGAGGUGAAAAAGAUGGCUGAAAAACUGAUGCAUUUUCCGACAUGGGUCGAUCUGAAGGGGGAGGAUUCUGUUCCAGAUACUGUGCAUCAUGUUGUAUGCGUAGUUGACCCUCAAAAGGACACCAGUUGGCAGACGAUGCGAAGUCACAUUCAAACAGAUGGUGUUCAUGCUGCUGAUAACGUUCGACCUGGUUCAAAUACUGCAGAAACACUUUCGGAGGCCGUCAAAAUGCUUAAAGGUGAAUAUGCUUUGAAAGCGAUUGAGGAACACAAUAUGGAUCGAGCAAUAAUUUUCUGCCGUACUAAGCUGGACUGUGACAAUAUGGAGCGCUAUUUACGUCAAGUUGGAGGCCAAAAGUACUCUUGCGUUUGCUUACAUAGUGAUCGUGUUCCUAAGGAACGAAAAGUCAACUUGGAGAAAUUCAAAAACAAGGAAGUAAAAUUUCUUAUCUGCACAGAUGUGGCUGCCAGAGGAUUAGAUGUUUCAGGAUUACCGUUUAUCAUUAACAUCACGUUGCCGGACGAAAAGUCUAACUACGUUCACCGUAUCGGACGUGUGGGGCGUGCCGAACGAAUGGGCCUAGCGUUUUCAUUAGUUUCCUCGGUACCGGAGAAAGUAUGGUACCAUGGACAGUGGUGUCCUUCUCGUGGUAAAAACUGCAGGAAUACAGACCUUACUGACGUCAAAGGAUGCUGUAUGUGGUAUGACGAAAAAAUGUAUCUUGCUGAAAUCGAGGACCAUUUGACCGUUACUAUCCCGCAAAUAGACAAAGAUAUGAAGGUACCGUUGAAUGAGUUCGAUGGGAAAGUCACUUACGGUGAAAACGUGUGAAUACAGGAAGCGGUUACAAAGACCAUGUUGAUCAACUUGGUCCGGUAGUAAGAGAUUUAGCACUGCUAGAACGCGAAGCACAAAAAUUGUAUCUAAAGAAAAUGAUUUUGUAAUCACAAGUUCCAAUGCAUUUAAAUAAAUACAAAUUUAUUGAAAACUGU